AUGCGGCUCAAAUCCGAUGACGACAUCAGUGCACACGGUCAACAAACCCCGCCCGGCCUCUCUCAAACCAAUCACCGCCGCUAUCACCAAAACUCACGCCCGUCGGCACCUCUUCUCCUCCGCUCAGAGCUAUUGAAAUGUCUCGAGCACCCUCAUCGCGCCCGUAAAGUGGAGUACACGCUGCACACUGAGGUCCUCUUCGGACACCUCUUCUACUAG